AUGGCUGAACGCGCUGCUCCUCUCCGCCUGGGGUCUACUGCCCCCAACUUCGAUGCCGAGACCUCCAACGGUCCCAUCAACUUCCACAACUUCAUCGGUGACAAGUGGACCAUCCUUUUCUCCCACCCCGAUGACUUCACUCCCAUCUGUACCACUGAGCUGGGCGCUUUCGCCAAGCUCGAGCCCGAGUUCACCGCGCGCGGUGUCCAGCUCAUCGGUCUGAGCGCCAACCACGUCGAGUCCCACCACCGCUGGAUCAAGGAUAUCGACGAGGUUACCGGCUCCAACCUCAAGUUCCCCAUCAUCUCCGACCCCGAGCGCAAGGUCGCCUACGCCUACGACAUGGUCGACUAUCAGGACACCACCAACGUCGACUCCAAGGGCAUGGCUCUGACUAUCCGCUCCGUCUUCAUCAUCGACCCCUCCAAGAAGAUCCGUCUGAUUAUGACCUACCCCGCCUCCACCGGCCGUAACACCGCCGAGGUCCUGCGUGUCAUCGACGCUCUGCAGACCACUGAGAAGCACGGUGUUACCUGCCCCAUCAACUGGCUCCCCGGUGACGACGUUGUCAUCCCUCCUCCCGUCUCCACUGAGGAUGCCAGGAGGAAGUUCGGCGAGAUCCGUGAGGUCAAGCCUUACCUCCGCUUCACUAAGGCUCCCCAAUAA